AUGCUCCCGGGGUAUCGUCUCCCCGUAACCUACAAAAUAGAAACAAGCAAUGCACGGUGCCCCCAUCUUUUGGGAAUCCCCGAAUUGGAUUGGCAGGCCGAAACGUUACCACACCGGGAGGUCUGGGUGCUCCGGUUCAUAGAGAGUAUCACCAAUAAGCCUGAAUGGUGGAAAAAGGUUUCCAACCCGGAAAUUUCCCUCAAAUGGAAGCAAGACGCCGUGGGGAUGCCAGGACUUGAGCGGCUAGGUGGCUUUACUGAGGAGAUGGCUGAAGCUUGCCUCAUUGAACUUCGCAAGAAGGCUGAACUAUACGAGAAGACGGGUCUCAUUCCUGUCAUGGACUGUGAGGCCUGUGUGAUCAAGUCGGACAGCCUGCUGGACGAUGACCUGCGAGACGCCUUGUGCACCGCUGUGGCGCUACUGGAGAAUGUUCCAGAGUCUCAAAAGGACUGGCACCCUGGCAGCGACGGAAAGGUUCUUAACCUGGUCGAUCCAUCGCUAUGGCCACUGGUAUAUGGACUAUCCAGAAUCCUUCCCGACAAACGCAUCUCCCUUGACAAUUGUCUGGAGUAUUGCGGUUCAGGCUCGAUUAUUCCCGAUCCUGACAGGCCUGACAUCUUGGUGCUCAGUAACGAUUUUGGACUGGCUACAGGAGAUCCGGUCGUGUCUGAUUGCUUUCAGUGGCUCCCUUUUGAUGUCAACCUAACUGGUGACAAGCCGCGGAUCGAGAGCUAUAUCAAUAAUGUCCACCCUGUCCGACACGCAAACUUGUAUCCCAUCAUUGAAAGAUUAAUCGAAAAGUCUCUUCCAGCCUGGGAUGUUGUCUAUCGAUCAGUUCAUGCAGAGUUUGAUCUUCACCGGUUCGACGUCGACAUUGAAUAUGACUGCACCGUCCCAAAUGUGUGCAAAUGGGGCUGUGACGCCGAGAAUAGGAGGUGGGCAGAGGAUGAAAAUGAAGGAAAUUCCGAUGACCUAGAUGAUGACGGGAAGGAGAGGCUCGACAAUGAGUGGUACGAGCAAACACACCCUCUCAAACUUCCUUACCUUAGACCUGAUGUUGACGAACCCGUCACGCUGAGUCCCAAGGACGUGAAGAAGACGGGCUUUUUUUAUGAUGCAAAGCAGAUUCAAGUUAUUGUGAAGCUGACAAAUAUCCAAUUGACACCUGAGAAGCCAAAUCACGGUAGAGGUGUGUGGCACACCGAAGGCCAAUUCAAUGAGCGCAUUUGCGCGACGGCGUUGUACUACUACGACUGCGACAAUAUUACCGAGUCGCACGUCGCCUUUCGCGUCUCGACAGAUCAGGAAGACCUUUACGAACUGGAAGUCCUGCGUGCAGAAACCGAAGAAGAGGUACUCGAGCGCCUCUUCGCUUACAAGGACCCAGAGUCGAAGCUUCAGGAGCUUGGCAGCGUUCUCACAAGGCAGGGACGCGCACUCUUCAUCCCCAAUGUGUACCAGCAGCGUGCCGGUCCAUUCCAGCUGGUUGACAAGACUCGGCCAGGGCACUGCAAGAUUCUUGCACUAUUUCUGGUGGACCCGAAAAUCCCAAUCAUCUCAACUUCCAACGUCCCGCCUCAGCAGAACGAUUGGUGGACUGAAAGCAUAGGAGAUUGCAGCGCUCUUCCAACUGAACUGUGGGAAAUGGUUUGGAAGUACGCUGGAACUCCAAUAACUGAGAAAUAUGCCAAAGAGCUUCGAAAAGAGCUUAUGGCAGAACGGAUACGGGCAGAAACGGGAGAGGCUGAUUCGCACUCGAGGCGACAGCAAUGGAAUUACUGCGAGCGUUAA